CGUUGUUUGCUCAUGUCAGGCACGUUUUGACUUACUGCGUCUCCCGUGUCGAGUGUGGUUGCUGCAGUCUCGAGUUGCACUGGAAUCCCGACUGACUAGCGCGAUGCUCGCGUAGCUGUGGUAGCAGCCCCUGUUAUUCCCGUCUGGACGGUGCGUUGCGAACGGUCUUUCGCAGCGAAACACUGUCCCUCAAUUGCGCUGGACAGUUCGCGCGUGACCGUCAGAAAUUCACGUCCUCCCGUGCGAAUGGCUUGCGCGCCGUGCUCCUCGGGUUACAGCACCUGACUAGUAUAAAGUAAGGGGGAAAAUUGAGUUGACGCGCACCUCGUAGCCGCUGUCAAGCGGCACCGUGUCUCAUUUUUCUUCACUUCAAGCGUGUCUCAGCGACUAUUAUGCAUAUUUGGAGCCGGAAACGACGACGAAGAAGCGGCGCGGCAUGUCAAGCUUACGGCGACGCCGGCCCUUCGGUGUCGGUGGGCUUGGAGGCGAUGCUUGAAAGACAUGUCGCGGUACACGCCGGGCGGCCGUACGUACCGGGGUUACUCGCCUCAGGAGUACCUCGACCAGGCCUACCUGCAGCCGGGCUACCGUUACGCCCCGCAGCAAGCAGAUUACUUUCAGCAAGGCCCGUCAAACUACAGCCGCCAAGUCAACGCCGCGCCUGGACCUUCGCAGCAGAAAAAGGCCAUCCUGAAGCCGUCGGGCAGCUUUGAGAGCAGGGUGAGCGCACAAGACCUCAAGUGGGACGAACAAAACAUCAAAGAGACCUUUCACCCAAAGAACAAGGACUAUGGCUUCAUGAUUGUCGAUGAGCCCAAGACACCUUACAACUACGACACGGCCACUGACCCGGGGGGUGUCAACCCUCAAGCAGUAGCUCAAAAAAUCCAGUCAGCUACAUCAAUGCAGCCCAGUGCACUCACCCCUGCAGUUAUUGUGUCGGAAGAUCAAAAGAAGGCGGAGGAAGAGGCAAGAGCGGAGAGACACAGGCUGUUCGAGGAGAGGCGCAAGAAACAUUACCACAUGGAACGAUUUAUACCUCCGGAGAACACUGGGGACAACGACGACGAUGAAACAGGCGAUGAUAGCGAAGACUGACGUUGCUUGUGGCAUAAGCCAUGCAGAACUUGCUUGUUGGCUGGUGCCACACACACCAGCACAGCUGACGGAUCGCUGCCAAUUCGUCUGGCCACACCAUGGUGUUCCGUGCUCGAACUGCUCGGCGUCAAAUUUUUCUCGUUUGCCAUUGGUGGCACAUUGUCUUUAGUGACAGCUGUGUCGUAAGCCCACAAAAAUUCCCUUUGAGCCCUCGGCGUGUCGAACAUGCCUGCUGCUUUUAGGGAAAAGGUGGAACUGUGCUAAGUUAUUAUAUUUUUUUGCGGAUCCUCGCCGCACCUGCUAGUUAAUGUACAAUCGUAGAUCAAUUUUUUUUUUUCCUCGGACGCAGCGCUUGUAUAGUGCUUUCUGUAUGCUUCCAUCCCUCAUUCCCCCUUUUUUUUUUCUCCUGCCCAUCUCCGAUACUGGACUCCUCUGGCAAGCUUGGGACACACAUAGACAGCACGGAAAAUGUGCAGUUCUGCAUUGUGUGCACUACGAGGAAGUUAGUCAAGUGUCGCCCCCUGGUGUUGUGUGGGUGAGACGGUGUGCUGCCACCAAGUGAGAGCCACUGCAACUGCAUCUGGUCAGCGGCCAGUCAAAGUCGUCCUAAACGGCGGCCAGUAUGUUCUGCUUUGGGUGAUGAACUCUCUCGUGUGCGACGGCACCGGCAUGUGGGGGAGGCUUUGCGUGCUCGUAGGAGUCCCUGUGAUUGUGAUCCCCGGUCAUUAAACGAUGCUGCAGAAUU